CGCCCCGGGCUGCAGGCUCGGGCUUCGGGCCGAUUGGGGGUCCCCGGGCCGCGGGGAGACCCCGGCCGGGCUUUCUGGUGUCCCAGCCCCUCCCCUUUCGUCCCCCGUCGCGGGAGGAACGCGAGUCUCCUGAGCAGUUUCUCGAAAUGGGGCCCCCGGGCGGACUCCGGACCCCUCCUCAGACUUCUGACCCGGACCCUGUGCCGAGGCCCGGAAUCUGCAUUUGCAGCAAGCGCCCCUGAGGGUUUGAUGCAGGUGGUCACAGGACCGCACUUUGGGGACACUUCCCCAGAGGGCAGGGCGCUUCCCACACAGCAGGGAGCCUAAGCGGGUGCAUUUGAGGAUUGGCCCCGUGACUGGCCUGGGAGUGGUGACGGUCCUCCGCCUCAGGAGAGACUCAGGCAGGGGCUCUCGGGGCUGCUGUGUCCCUGCUGCCGCCAGCAGGGGUCUUCAGACGGGCGGGUGCCGGGUCGGGAGCCUCAGGGGUGAGGCGGUGCUGAGCCAGGCGAGGGGUGCCGCGGGAAGACCUGGAGUGGGUCCUGCUGCCCCGCUGGGGCUGCCUCCGCCGCGUACCCCCCGGGCAGCCCUGGUGGGCCCUGCACACGUCACCCUCUCUUUCCCCAGAGUCCUCGUCUGUCGGUAGGGACAGUAACUCCCGCCCAGUGGGGCUUUGUGUGCCUUAGGUAGUAAUGUCUGUCAAGUGUCUCCUACAGUGUCCAGCACAGGAAGCCUGCAAGGGGGACUGGGCAGCCAUUGUUCUGCAGUUUCUGAAAGUGUUUUGAAACAAAAAUUUGUUGUCGCUGGCAGCAAUGGAAAGUCAAAAGGCAGAAGAAGAGGCGUUAGAUAUUCUUCGGCUGAACGUAGGGGGCUGUAUUUACACAGCCAGGCGUGAGUCCUUGUGCCGCUUUAAGGACUCGAUGCUGGCAUCCAUGUUCAGUGGUCGUUUUCCUCUAAAAACAGAUGAAUCAGGGGCUUGUGUUAUUGACCGAGAUGGACAUCUAUUUAAAUACCUUUUGGAUUAUCUUCACGGAGAAGUUCACCUUCCCACAGAUGAGCAAAGCCGUGUUGCUCUGCAGGAAGAGGCUGAUUACUUUGGCAUCCCUUAUCCGUACAGCCUGUCUGACCACUUGGCCAAUGAAAUGGAGACAUAUUCUUUAAGGUCAAAUAUAGAACUUAAAAAGGCUUUAACAGACUUCUGUGAUUCGUAUGGUUUAGUUUGCAAUAAACCAACAGUUUGGGUUCUCCACUAUCUUAACACGUCUGGUGCAAGCUGCGAGAGUAGAAUUAUUGGUGUAUAUUCCACAAAAACUGAUGGAACAGAUGCUAUUGAUAAGCAGCUGGGAGGAAGAAUUCACAGUAAAAGCAUUUUUAAAAGAGAGGCGGGAAAUAAUGUUCAGUACAUUUGGAGCUAUUAUUCAGUAGCAGAAUUGAAGAAGAUGAUGGAUGCCUUUGAUGCCUGGGAAGGAAAAGGUGUUAGCUACUGGCGGGUGCCCCACGAGCUGAUAGAAUGCUGGACUCUGGAAGAGCGGCCUUUACUUGGAAGCCUGCGUCACAUGGCCCCAGUUCGAAAGAGGCGACUGAUGGCGUUCAGUGAAGAGGAGGAGGAAGGCGUGAACUGUAAGACUGGUCCUAAGCCUGUCCGAUUUGUGGGCCCUUCCACCAGCACCCAAAUUAAAGUCAAGAACUCGGCUUCAGUCCGGGUGUCUCCAGCCAGAAGCCCCCAGGCCUGGUCCCGGACGCCCGGGAACCGGGCUCCCGGCGCGAAGGCAUCGCAGCGCCCCGCACCGUCCCCGGCCCCUGCCGCGGUGGGCACUGCGGGGCCCGGGCAUUCCCAGGCUUCCCCUGGGUCCGCGAGUGCUGAAAACGGAGCCGCGCACCCACCUCCGGCCAAGGUUCUGCUCGCGGACAAGAGGGCCACCCCGCACCGAGUGAUCAAGCUGAAGCGGACCCCGCUGGGCACUGCAGCCCGGCCCGCAGGGCCCCCGCCGCCCCCCGGAAUCCCCGGCGCCUUGGGCGAUAGGACUGAAAACGGGCCGGACAAGACUGACUGACGGCGACGGUGGACUCACGACGCCUUGUUUGCCUUCCGGAGCCUCCAGGCCGCGUGCUUUCGACGGAGGAGAGGUGACACUUGGUUCUUCUGUGGGGUGAUUACGGGACAAGCGAGCCAUUCGGGCAGGAACGGAGCGGCGAGACUAAGUGGUUGGGCCUGUAUUUACUUCUCAUUCUCCCAGCUUUUAAAUGAUUAUUUGUCUAGGGACAGUUUGAAUUUCAGGUUUUUAAUUUGUUUUUUUCAUGGUUCAUUGGUAUUAAGGCCACAGCACAGCACAGCAAAAUCACCACUAGAAAAGUCCACGUUGUUGCCGAAAUAAUUACAGACUUGAGGCACUUUUAUAGACACUCACUACAGCCCAGGGAUGGGAGUGGGGUCUGGGGAAGGAGAGGGGUGGAGUUAGUGCUCUCCCACAGCCUGAGAGGUUGCAGAGAAGGUAGCUCAGGGUGCACUGCCCACAGGUGCCUCUCCGUCUCCAAAGGCACGUUGGAAAGGGAGGUUGGAGGAGAGAAGACAGGGGUUUGAGAUCACACUUUGACUCGCACUCAAUUGAGCGAUUUUCUCUCCUAGAUUAGCUUUUCUCACUCUUUUCCAUUAGCGGAUUUAUUUAUAGGUCACAAGGAGAUUUCUUGGGAUGAGAACUAUAUAACAUGUCUUCAGAAAGAAUUGUUAAAAUAUUUUAUUUUAAUUUGAAUAGUGAAGUUUUGAAAGUAUUCUGAAAAAGAGAAGUUAAAAGUUUAACUUUUUAACUACAGUUAAUAUUUGUUUUUCAGAAAUGACCAUUGAAGUGUCAUUCUGAUUAUACAAUAUGAUUUUUUAUGUGUAAAUUUCCCCAUAACUUGAAUUUAAUAUUUUUAAACAAAAUAUUUUGAUUAAUCCUCUAUUUUUUCACAGCUAUUCAGUUGUAUAUGUUUAUUCUUAACAUGUUAUGUUUAUAAUUGGAUCACAUAUUUCUGCCUUCAGAGAGCAGUAUGCCUUCAGUGUGUUAAAAAUAAGUUGAUAAAGCAGGGUACUUUUUAUUCAAUGCCUAUCAUUGCACUUGCAUUGCUUUGAAAGAGUAAGGUAAAUAUCCUCAAAACAUUACUUUUUACAAAAUAAAGUAAAACUUUUUCAUAAAAAGUGACAUUUUCUAUGACUGUACUUAUUUUUAAACCUUGGAGACCUUUAGUAUUUUGAAAGCUUCUUUGUUUAUAUAGGAUAUUUGUUUCUGCUUACGAAAUUGCUUUCUUGUCUAGAUAAUGUAUGAAGUAAGUAAACCAAUUUUAGACAGCUAUCCAAAUACCAACAGCCUUUUAAAAUGGGUGGUUUAUUUGGCUAGAAUAAGUGAAUAUUUCACUGAACAUUCAUGAAGACAUUCCCCUGUGGAAUGAGUGAAAUAUUCAGUCACCUUGAAAAAUACUAUUAUGAGAAUCCAGGCUUUCUUAAAAGCAAAGACCAUACUGAAUUUUGAGGACUUCCAAUUAGGGCAUUAGUAUUGCUUGAUUUAGGACAUUUUGAAUUGCUGAUUCACGUAAGAAAAUUUUCCACUAAUAAGCAUAUAAUGUGUAUUUUAUACAUGAUAACUGUUUAUCUGGAAAGGAAACAUGUUGAAGAUUAAUCGUGGUGAUUCAGUCAACAGCCUGCAUUUCUUUGCUUCAAUAGUUUAAGGGAAGGCCAUGUAGCACAGUUAGCCUUUAUAACAAGAGAGUUUUUGGAGUAACUACUGGGCUGUGGUGCAGCUGAGGUGGAAAGGGACAAACAGUCCCUUAUGAGUAUCAGGAGGCAAAGUCAAAUUUAGAAUGUUAGAAUCUGUGUGUUGAAAUCUGGUUUGCCCUGAUUAAAACGGGUUAGUUAUGUCGUGGAGAGCCCGAGGCUGGCCAUGGGGACACACUGAAGGAUUUGUUUCGCUUAUAUGUUUAAAUAAUAAGUUUUUGUUUCAUUAUUGCCUUAUAUUAUAGUUUAUAAAGUAUUUUCAUAUA